AAUUAUUUUUUAUUAAGUGACUGUUUUGGAUUACAGGAUUUUUAAAGUUUUAAAAUCUGUCAAUCCGUAGACAGAGAAGUAAAUAUCACGAACCUUAGUUAAAUAGAUAAUCACGAAGAGUUCAAAAAUAUUGGCGACGUUUCACUUAAAUAUUAUUUUGUUCUAAUAUUUUUUGUAGAAUUUAUGAUUCUCUACGUUUCUAAAUAGGCUACUUGCCUCUUUUGUAAACAGUGUUUAAACUGAACUAUGGAAGUAUUUUAAGCUAUAUUUUAUUUUGUCCCGUCAAUAAUAACCAGUAAAAAAUUUAACAUAAAUGAAAAAAUAUCUACGUAAAUUUUUUGCCGCCGAAACACAACACAUUAGCAACUGACGUCAUUCAUAGAGAUAACAGCGUGAUUGACGUUUGCAGUAAUGUGAUUUUAUCACGUCACCGCAAGCGUCAAUCACAAACCGAUAUCUUGUAACGAAUGACGUUACAGUAUAUGGUUGGCGUUUGCGGUGACGUGAUAAAAAUUCAAUUUUGUUUUAUAAAAAUAUUACAAUUACGAGAUUAUAUUUUUCACAAAUAAAAAUGUCAUUAGAGUUUCUAGGCAUUUAUACUGUCACUAUGCCAAAAAAUCUUCUUAGUUUUGUACAGCAGGCAAGUGGCCUAUUCAACCUACGGCUACGUUUAACGAAAUUCCGAAAGACCGUGUACAGAUUAGCAUCUGAAAUAAGUAAAUAAAUCUCUCUCAAACCAAAUAGGUACGUACUCAGAACAAAGAAAUAAUUCAUCUGAGGGUGCAAGGAUAGGAAGUAUCCCACCCAAAUUCAAAAACAAAAUUGUCUGGCGUUUAUUGAAGGCGAUUUAAAAAAAAAUUAACGGAAUCAAUCUGGAUUCUAAAAAUUUUAUCAAUCAAUCAAAAACGACUAUUUUUUAAUACUCAACAAUUAUUUCGUUGAAAUAAACUUCUCGAUUCUUGUAGUUGUAAUGGAAGAAGAAGUAGAGAAAGAAAUCGAAAGCUAUGAAAAUAUAACUUCUCAAGUAUUACCAGUUUGUACAUGUACAUGUGACAGUAUCGCAAUGGCUCAAAUUUCAAUCGAAGAAACACCAAUCUCAGAACGAAAACAAAAAAUUCUAAGUACUGUUCAGAGGACAGAAAGUUAUCUUCGGGAAUAUCGUAUACCAGAACUAAUUCGCUAUUUACUUACAAUGAUUCUAGCUCAUUUACCGAAUAACCCUAUAUCUUAUCUUGAAAAAUUACUUGAUGCUUGUAUGUUAUUUCGUGCAGGACAUGGAGUAGCACCGGUACUUUAUGAAAAUAGGCACUUAGAAGCCGUAAUAAAGAGCUUUGACCCUGGCCAAAGAGGCUGGUUAAAUGGUGGACAAGCGCAGCGUGUUUAUACAACUUUGGGACUUAUUAAUGAAGAAUUAAUUGAAGAGAAAAUACCAUGUGAUGUUUUGUUGGAUACCUUAAAACAAACUCAAGAGAUUGAAUUGUUUCAGUUGUUAUCGGCUGGUACAGAUGCAUUUAAUGAUAAAAAUAAUAACAAGGAAUAUUAAACUAUUGUGUUGUUUCACAUAAUAGUUUUCUUGAUUUGCUGUGACAUCCAAUAAAAAGUUUUUCUAAUUACAGACCUAAUAACAUAAUAACCUAAUAAUACAUAUUAUUAACUUCUGGAUGACUUGAUUCCCGUGUAAUUUGGUUUGAUCAGUUUAGAAUUU